AUGCAAGAUAUGGCAAGUAGGCUCAAGAUCAAGUUACUCCAGUCCACUCCUUACUAUGCUAAUGUAGAAUCAAGCAACAAGGUGAUCAUUAAUAUCAUCAAAAAAAUGCUUGAAGAAAAUCCAAAGCAAUGGCAUGAGAAAUUGUUAGAAACCUUACGGGCUUAUAGAACUUCAAAAAGAAAGGCAACUGGUAUGACCCCCCUAUGCUCUAACCUAUGGACAUGA